AUGAGCGCCCCUUCCUCAGACGCCGUCGCAGGCAAGGCCCCUGCAACAGCCAAAUCCAAGCCCAGCUAUGUCUCGAGUUCAGGCAACAUGCUCGAAUCACCACCACUCUCCGCCCGCCUAACCCGCCUCUCUGACUCAAUCUACAACUUCAUUGGCCUGUACCUCGUCUCCCUUCUCAGCCUCGACCCCUACACCGCCGCGCAAAACAGCCAGUUCAAUACUGUGGGAAGUGGCCCGAAUGCGUAUCAGGAGCGGGCUAGGUGGGGUGGUGUGAAUCGUGCUGGUGGGAGAUUGGGUGGUGGAGGAGGUGGGUUUGGUGGAUUUGGUAGCGGGGGUAGUGGGGGUGGAAGUGGCGGUGAUGGCCGGGGCCCUGGUGGAGGUGGCGGUGGUGGGAGUGGAAGGAGGAUGGGCACGGUGGAUGAUGUGAGGGGCGCGAAAAAAAUCAAUACAAGAGGUGAUGGCUAUCCUGCGCUAGGAACAUUGAAGGCGUGGAGCAUACAGUAUACAAGCAUACCCGAAUGCAAGAUCUUUCCAGGCGAAGGCGUCCCCGCAUACAUGAGCAAGAAACGCAACAACGCACUCACCAUACUACGUACCCCCUCCCCAAAGGCAGCAGAUCAACGCAAGUCAUCCCGCAGCGCCGCUCUCGUCCACACUUCAGACAUUGCCCGAAUGCCCGCUACGCUGCCAAGACAGCGCCCAGUCGACGACGCUCGCUUCGCUCUCCGCUCGCCCUCCUAA